AGGUGGCCUGCGCCAUGCCUGAGGUGGGAGGAGGGGGAGGGGGUGAGUGUUCUGACACCAACCCUCUCAUGAUGGAUGAACCGGAUCUCAGUACGUUCGAGAACAAGACCGGCCUCGCUGAGGACAUGAAGUUUCUGGCCUCCAUGCCGGAGCUAUGCGAUGUCACCUUCCUUGUAGGAGAGACUAGAGAGCCUGUCUGUGCAGUGAAAGCUGUACUUGCGGCUCGAAGCAGGGUGUUCCACAAGAUGCUGUACCAGGCUCCUAGCCCCCAGAGGAAAAAAGAAGCCCCUCCUAAAGAGAACAAACUUCGCCAGUUUUUGAAACGAAGCAGCGAACCCCUGUUGAACUUGCAGAAUACAGCUGCUCAGCGCAGUUACGCCCAGCAGCUUACUCCUAUCCAAGAGCCCACAGGACACCAGCACGCCACACUAAUCAUAGAAGAGUUUGAGCCUGACGUUUUCCGUCAGCUGAUAGAAUAUAUCCACACGGGUUGUGUGACGUUGCAGCCUCGAACUCUCCUUGGUGUGAUGAACGCCGCAGACUACUACGGGCUGGACGAGUUACGUCGAGCGUGUCACGGUUUCGUGCAGUGUUGCAUAAACGUUGACACGGUCUGCGCUCUCCUUGCCUCCGCGGAGCGAUACAUCCAGUAUAAGUGCACCAAGACUUUGGUGCAGAAGGUGUUGGAGUUUGUGGACGAACACGGCAACGAAGUGUUGAACCUCGGAAGUUUCACCUUGUUGCCGCAGCACGUUGUCAGGCUGAUCUUGGCUAGAGAGGAGCUUAGAGCAGACGAAUUCACCAAGUUCCAGGCAGCCCUAAUGUGGAGCAAGAAGUAUUGUGACAGCAUGAACCAGAACAGUAACUGUCACAACACAGUUAGCCUGAACCAGACGAUCAGCAGCUUCCUGGAAUAUAUACACUUCCAUAAGAUCCCGGCUAAUGUUCUGAUGAAGGACAUCCACCCCUUGGGCUACGUUCCUUACAGCAUUAUCAUGAAUGCCCUUGCUUACCAGGCAGACCCAACAAGCGUCGACCCCUCCAAACUCUCCCCCAAUCGAGUGAGACGCUCGGCACAAGGUCGCAGCAUGAGUGUGCAGAGCAGCGGCGGCGAACAUUAUGGCAGCAACACUACCCUAACCUCCAGCGGCUCCAGCGAGAUGGUCAGUUCUGAGGGGCACAAACACUCCUCCAACUAGUCCCAAGCUAUAGCUCACCUUACUGAAUGUGCUACUCGAGGUUAUUAACAAGCACGCAUCUGAUUGACUAGUAUUAACUUGUCCUUUAAAAAUCCUAGGUCAGUGGGAUGAAUCAGUUAGAAUGUAAACAGUGCUGUUUCAAGACAUUAACAUUCUACUGGAGUCGUGCAUAGAUUUAGUAGUGUAGCCAAUGAGGAUUAUACAGGUUACAAUCCCCUUCCCUCAGAAGACUCCAAAUUAUGCCCAAAAUAAAAAUAUUAGACAAAAUAAUUAAUCCAUGCAAUAUGAAUGAAAAUCUCAAUCUACUAUAGUCGGUUUCACGUUCAUCGUGCAGUACAGGUCUAAUAGGGCAUACUCACGUUACUACCUUUACUAGGAACAUCAUGCCUAGUGUCAUGCAGGUUGCGUUAACUGUCCGUGCGAAGGCCCUUAAAUAGAUUUGACUGUACUUUUUGUAUCUUACCUCAUGUUCAAUUAUGUUUUAUUUAUCUGUAAUUUUUAGAUCACUAUAAAAAGAACUUAUAAUUUAUUGUAAAAAUGUCAAUUAAUUCACACCGAAUAGAUGUUUACUGAAACAUUAAAAUAGUAUGAUUUUGUUAUGUUAGUGUUUAAGAGGCAAUAAAAGUAAUAAUUCUCUGUCUUUUUUUCACGUGCAAAUAUAGGUACAUAAUGUACAGGUAACAUAUAAACUGCUUUUAAUAUUACCUUAAUUAAACAAUAAAUAAAUUUGUAGUUUAAGAUUAAUAUUAAUUAGUAAUAACUAUACUAAUACUUUAAAUUUAUCACAGUAAUUUCAUUCAACUAAAGAGUAAUGUAAAUUGGAACAAGUAAGUAACCUAUAUAGCAACAUGCUUCUUGAAAAUUUUUGUUGUCUAAACUCAAGAAAUAAGUUUGAGACGGACAAAUAUUUAGUAUGACCGAAAUAACGUGUUUAAUCUAAUGUGUGGAUUAAAUAAGGAGCGUGGCCCGGAGAGUUGAUGUCUUGAGGACGGCUAGUACCACGGGAAUUGCUGUAUGGAUAACACUCCGUACUGCACGGUGAACAUGGAACCGAGUAUUCAUUCUUUAUCCCUUCCUUUUGAAAAUCCAGGGUAUGCCACUGAGAUUGAGAAUUAGUGAUACUUCUGCUUUUUUUCAAUCAAUUUAAUAAUGAAGUUGUAUUAAAAUCAAACUAUUUAUUAAAAAUAUUACGUUUUAGAUCGCACUGCCUGGAAUCUAGAACCAAAACUAAAACAAAGAAUUUGUAACCAAACUGUCCAUCCCUUGCUUCUCUUGUCAUUUCAGGAAAGAUUUAAACUAUUGACUUAUGAAAGUAUAAAAGUUACAGUAUGGAAGGUUCAACAGCCAAAUGUUUAGCAGCCAUGAACCUUUUCAUUGUCUCUUUCUGUAGAUUGAUAACGUUUUCUACAAAUUUGUUGAAACUGUAUUCACAUGAUAUCCUCUGUUGGUUAAAACUCGAGUGAAACAUUCAGUGAGGAAUUUUACUGAGCUCACCCAGAUGGAAUACUUUUAGGGCUAAUUAUUUAUUGUAAUGGUUGUUAUAAAUGUAUUGUUGAGUGGUAGGAAUUGUUUAGGACAAGAUUGUUGUUCUGGAGGGUCAGUGUAUUUAACUUUUGAUGAUUUAUAGUCAUUUAUAAUUUUACUUUUUCAUUGUAACUAUACUUGGGAUGCUUAGUAAGGAGUGUUGUUUUGUGCCUUUACGUAUUGUGUUCUAUUGUGCAUUCAUUUUACUUUUCAUGUACUUUACCUAUAAACUAUUAUAAGUUUUAAUUCAAUUUUCCAAAUAUUUGUUCCUAAAUUUAAGGCAGUAUUUUGGAAUUUGUAAUUAAUAUCUUUUUCCUAAGUGAGCACUGACAUUUGACCUCUGAUAGUAUGUGUUCGGUUUCAAUUUAAACAUUUUCGCACAUGUAAAAGAGCCUUAUACUGAAUAUUAUAACAACACACAUAUAUACAUCUUUUUCUUAGAUUUUCACUUCAAUUUCAUUUAUAGUAUGAGCUAGGUGUUUGUAAGUGGUUUACUUUUAUUUUACUCUCUAGCAUAGAACAAAAACAUCAACCAUAUGUUUUAAAUAAAAUAACUCGGCAUUUAGUAAAUUCUUUGUAGUACACAGAGAUCAAAAUGUAUUUAUUAUUAGAAGUACAGUUUUUAUGUUGAAAUUUUACUGUGUUUCCUAUUUGUUUAUACAGCUAGAAAAAUAUUCCUUUCGAGCCUUUCAUAUGUUUGAAGUGUGUUGGCUUUAGUACUAUAGCUUUAAAUAUACUUAAAAUUCUAACCUUUAGAAGGACUUCAGUGUUGUUAGACUUCCUUGUCAAUUGUUAAUAAAAAAUAACCAUGUUAAAAUAUACUACAAUUAAUUUUUAAUAUUUUUCAUUUAUCAGAUUGAUUUAUUGUUUCCUUGAAAAAGCAUAUUGAGUUUUUUUUUAAAUGGAGUUUUAAGACAUUCCUAAUUUUCUUACAUAGUGUAACGAAACAAUUUGGUAAAUCCACUAUUAUAAGAGAUAACUUAAUUGUUGUUUCUGUAAUUUAGAAUGUUAUGAUUCUUUGUGACACAAGGAAUAAAAACUUAGGUAUAUAAAAAUGUUGUAUAUCUCGUAUUAAAACAAUCAAUAUAUGAAUGUUAUGUAGGAAGAUUUAAAUUUGUAAACAAUAUACAAGUUAGGCUUUGUUUAUUAGAGUCUUUUUUGUAGUGUCCAUUGAGUUUUAUUGUUGAAAAGUAUACAUCUAUACCGCUUUAUAAAAUGUGCCACACGAUAUUACGCACACUUUUGGGUGAAAAUAAUACGAUUCUUAAGUCAAAACAUUCAGUAUCAAAAAUGGUCUGGUUGUUUUCAAAAAGAUAUGUUGGUUAUUCAUUAAGUCGGUCUCAUUGAAUAAUGUUUUGCACAGUGUCAGAUUAUGGUUUUAUAUUUUGUGUACUCAUGACUUAUAUGUUAAUGUUGUCUCGAUACCUAACAGAACCUUAAGUUUCAUCCAAGAUUGACUUUUUGGAUUUUGGUCCAAAAUUAUUUUAUGAUUUAACUAUAAAUUAUGGAACAAGUCCUUUAAAACAGGCAAUAAAUUAUGUCCGCCAGUGUGAAGAAAUGUCCUUUGAUAUAAUGAUUCCCCUUGUUAUAAGUACUUACACAAAAACCAACAGAAACAUCAAUGGACAGUACAAAUAUAGUAGAAUUAUUGGUGCCAUUCUUGUUAUCGCUUCAUGUUCUCGUACUCGUACAAUCAUUGAAGACUUGGGAGUUGCCUCUCGGAACUGACCUCUCGUCUCACCUCAUCGUAUCGACUCAUCAUGUCUCAUCAUAUUGACUGAAAUUCCAUGUUUUAUUCUGCUCUCAUCCGAUGUGUCCAAAACCAUGAACCAGUUCAACAGGGUAUUUAUGAGAUUCCAAAGUGUGAGUGGAAUUAUGCAACCAAUUUCUCACAGCAUCAACCACAACAAAACAAUUUGUUUUAUAGUACAAACUUGCAAUAUUUUUUAUAAUAUUUGUAUUUUUGUAGACCCCAAUAGCGAGUUAUCUAUUUUAUCAACCCCCUUUACUACUGAAGGCCAGACGAAUACUGAAGAUCUACAACUCAUUCUACUCAAAAUGAUUUUUAGAACAAAUGUAUGUUAUUUUUUUAUGUAUUUUUAUAGCGAAUUAAUAAACAAAGUGAAAUGAUUACCUAAGAAAAGAACAAACGUGCACAAAAAAUACGCACAACUUAACGUGUUUCGUGUGUUAGUUGAUGUUUGCUUUCACAAUUUCCCCUUGUCACUAUUUCCAUCAGGGCCGUGACUAGUGUAUUGGAGGUAGAGGGGUUGUUUUGGGGGCCCUUAAGAAGGAAAUUUGUAUGAAAGUGUUUCCGAUACUUCAGUACGGCCCUGCUCCCCAUGUCUGUUAGUUGGACACAUCUGGAUAAUUUAAAUGUCCCAAGUCCUAGUGUCAACCAAAAGACUGUUUAGGUUAGAUCCAUGUGUUAAUGUUGAACCCACUCGUAGCUAGAUCUUUGGCUUAUUAUAUUGUCAGUACCGUGUGUACUCAAUGUGAAGAAGGAAUUGAAAAAGGUCACUCCAUUUUUUGCAUUUCUUGACUUUAUAGCUUGUAUGAAAAAAAUUAGGGUUUUCUAUUUCAUUAUGUUUUGAUUCAUAGUUUAUACAAGACUCAUUAUUUGGGUUCAGAUAUUAUUAUUAAAUAACAACCAAAUAAAUAUAAUGUACGAAAUUAAAAAACUAAUGGAACAACUUUAAGAAACUUCGGAUAGUGUAGUUUUUGUACCUAUUUAUACAUAAGUUUUCAAAACAAAUGAAUAAGUAUUUAUUUUAAAACAAAGCUUAAUAUAUCAUUAUAUCAUUGUAUUAUUAUAUAUUUUCGGAGGACAGUGAAACACUAGAUCUAUGCAGAUCCCACACUAUAUAAACCCAAAUAAACAUUCCUUGUUUCUUUCGAAAAUUAUUCAAUGAACAGAUUUUGAAUUUUGCUGUCUCAAUUCCGAGUUUUAAAUUUGUUUCUCUAAAUGUGGGUAGACGAAUGAGAACAUUUUCAUAAUAGAUGUCAGAGGCGUAUAUAGUAAAUUAUUUUGGGGGAGGAGAGCUUGAGCCCCCCCCCCCCUUAUAUACGAUCAUGUUAGAUGUGUAAUAUUUAUAAAACAAAUAAGUAUAAAUUAUACCAGUUAAUGUUGUUUUUGAAAAUAUCAUCAUUCACAUUUUAAAAAAAUGGCAACAAAGACAAUUUAAUUUUUCUAAGUCAGAAUAAUGAUAAACACAUACUUUAACAACAAUCCACCACCAGCCUGAUUAUGAUUGUGCAAAGUAUGGCACUUCUAAACUUUUUCCAACUUUAUUGGCUUGGUAAUAUUCACAGUUUUCUAACAAUCCAUUUAUGAAGACAGGAAAAUUAGAACAUUUUUUUAAUACUUUGUAAGAAGUGGUAGUAACUCAAAUCAAAAUUUUGGGAUAUCUUACAAUCAGUCCGAAAGGAAAACUGUUGAUGAUAGAGACAUGAAGUUUUUACAGUAUCUUCAUGAGCAAGAUGACUGGAGGGAGUCAUAAUUUUUACAAAUAAAAAUUCCAUUUCCUUAGAAACCUAUAAAAUAUGUAAAUUUCUUAAAUCAUAUUUAAUUCUUUUAAUAUGAUUUACUUUAGUCACAAAUGAAUACAAACAUGUAAUUUCCUAAAGCUAUAAGUCAGAUAUACAAUUAAAAUUUUAUCUUCAAGCAUUUUUAUUUGGACCUGAUUACAAAUUUUCAUAAAUUUGCUAUUUUAAAAGCCUGUAGUGAUCGACGUGGAGUGAUAAAAAAAAUGCUUCUACUUUUCCUGCCUUUUGGGAAAGUUAUCUUAAAGGUCUAUGAAUUAAAUUUUUUUUAUAACCAGAAAUUUAUUGUACCCAUACCUCCAGCAAAUCUAUAGGUCUUUGGGAAAUGACCUGAGUGAGGCUAUUACGAGAUCGGCAAAAUUGGAUUUUGAAACUAGUUCAUAUGUAAGAACUGUUUCAUUAAUUUUUCUACUACACUAAUUUUUUCAAAUUUACCUAUGUUCAAAUCUUUCUUCACGUUAUGUGCACCAAGCCGUAUUCAAUGUCUAGCUUAUUCUGUGUCAACACGUUUGUUAUUUGUUUGUUUCAAAUUCUAAUCAGAGCAGGAAACUGUGCUGAGUAUUUUUAUAUGACUAUGAGAGUAUCUCAAUAUUAUUGCUGUUAUAUUUACUUUAUAGUUAAGAUUUGUUGGUGCUAACACACAUUUACUGUAUCUUAAUAUAUUUAGUUAUAAGUCCAUUAAUAGAUGAGUAAGUAUUUUUUAUGAUUUACUAGUUUGUUAGUGUUUGUUUUCAAUCUUUUUCUCAGGCUGUGUUGAGUCUUGAAUAUUUUAAUAUGCCAAUCGUAAAUGUGUCUAAUGAUAUCAAAGCCUAAUUUGAUAUAUCUCAAUGUUUGCUAAACUUUAAUAUUGCCUCAAGCAACAUUUUAAUUUGUAGUUUUAAGAUUAAAAUCAUAUUUGUUUUCUGAUGUAAAAACGUCAAAUAACUUUUAUCUAGUUAUAUCAGUUGAAUUGGUCAAAAACUUAUACAUUACGCAUAGGAAACAUUUUAAUUUCUCUACUUAAGUACAGAAUAUUUUUUUACAGAAUUUAUAGGAGAAAAAUAAGUACAUCAAAAUUCUUAGCUACAUCCAAACAAAUUUCGUUAAUGCUCAAUAUUGUAAAAGUGAAUAUUACUACAGACAAAUGUAAUUAACUGUCAAAUGGUUCUAAAAAUUUAAUGUUUGUUAAUGUUGACUCUUGUGAUAUAUUUAUUACUGGAGAGAAUAGUUCUCUAAAAGAUUUUAGUGUUAUAUCUAGAAAUAGUUGAUCGUUGAAUAAGUCCAUAUGAUGGAUGUAAACAAUUGAAAUCAAUGUGAUAUAUUAAAGAAUGUUUAAGUAAAA